CCAUACUAUGGUACAAAGAUACUAGACCCAAGUGUCUAGUGCAUCUCCCAAACUAUUCAGAGGCAUCCAUCUCAUGCACGGCGGGGUAGGGUCCGGGAAGAACCACAUGACCAUCCAGCCCCGUCUCCGCAUUCUCAGUGCAAACAAACGGACACUCAACUACUCCCGACCCACCCUAUUCUCGUUUAUAUCACUAUCACACCGUUUCCACAAAACAAAACAACCCAUCGAUAUAACAUAGGAUUACAAAAUGGCUCCAAUCGGGAUUGCUAUUCUGGGGUGCGGAAUCUUUGUCCAGGAGGAGCAUCUUCCAGCAGUAGAAGCCUGUUCAGAUGUAGUUCUGAAGGCUGUUUACUCCCGUUCGGAAGCCUCUGCGAAAAAGCUUUUGCAGGCGAAGUCAGGAGUGGAUAUCUACUCUGACGAUUCCGAGAAUGGCCUGGGCGUACUAUUGGCGCGCUCCGAUAUCCAGGCCGUGAUCAUCGCUCUCCCUAUUACCAUCCAACCCGAAGUAAUCAAAAAAGCCCUCGGAGCCGGCAAACAUGUGCUGAGCGAGAAGCCCGUUGCGAAAGACCUAGCACAAGCCCGCGAGCUAAUAUCCUACAAACAGUCCUAUCCGGACCUAAACUGGAGCGUGGCGGAGAACUUCCGCUUCCAGGAAGCCUGGCGACAUGCCCACCGGGAGAUAACCGCCCUCGGCCGGGUCAUCAACUUCCGCUCGCGGGUCUGCUGGCUCGUCACCCCAGGCUGGAAAUACUACGAAACUUCCUGGCGCAAGACGCCAGACUACCAAGGUGGCUUCCUCCUCGACGCCGGAGUGCACUACGCUGCAAGCAUGCGCAUUCUACUAUCUGACGAAAAGAUAGUGAAAGUCUCUGCUUUCACCGCCUCAAAUUUCGAGCACUUGCCCCCCGUGGACACCAUCUCUGCUAUCUUCAAGACAGAUAAAGGCGUUGUGGGGAGCUUCGAGGUCAGCGUCGGAACGACCUUCGAAGGAUGGGAGUUUGCGGUUGCGUGUGAGAAUGGGAGUGUCACAGUGCGGCCUGUCAGCGAGGUUGUUAUUCUCAGGAGGAAACCUGGGGGAGGGUUCGAGGAUGAGAUUGUCAAGAAGUUCCCUGAUGAUAAGAAAGGGGUUGGGCCGGAGGUUGCGGCGUUCGCAAAGGCUGUCAUUGCGGGUGCCCCGGAUGAAAGGCAGACACCGGAACUUGCGGUGGGGGAUUUGGAGAUGAUUGAGAAGAUGCUGCGAUCUGGAGAGAAUGAUGGGGCUGUCAUGGAGAUUAAUGGUGGCUUGACGGCAUAAGUAUUACUGGGGAUAAUCGUAAAUUACGCCGUAUUAGUGUAACGAGCGGUAUCAGUUGUUAGAGGUGUUAGAAAACAUUAGGAAUUGGGAUCGGAAGUGUGGACUUUGGAAUAUCAUAAUAUUAUAUUGGGUGUGAGGAUUCAA